AUGACAAUAAACACCGUCCCCGUCAAAAUCUCCACCCGAGACAAGAAGAAAGAAGUCAAAAGGAUGGAGCCAUCUCGAGAAGUAGAUAUACGUCGACGCACUUUGAAGGAGUUAGAGGAAAAAAUGUACCCCUUCCCUGACUCCGAUGUCGCAGGUAUGCUCGAGGACUUGCUUGAAAAGAAGGUGAUCGAAUUGUCGGAAUGUAAGCGGCCUGAAGAGAUGAACCGAGUCAACGACCAUAAGUUUUACAAAUACCACCGAAUUGUCAGCCAUCCGGUAGAGAAGUGCUUCGUGUUGAAGGAGCUAAUUAUGAACUUGGCUAGGCAAGGAAGGAUUGAGUUAGAUGUUGACGAAAUCGCAGAUGCGAACGUUGCCACAAUUGUGUUUGGAUCCUUCGAUCCGGUGCCGCUGCCCGCAUUGUCGAAAAGAUUGGAAUUCCAAUCAACAAAGGGCAUACACCAGGUGACUGAUCCGUGUACAGAAGAAGUGGCGGGCAAACCAAACAAUCAAGGUGGUGAUGGCUUCGUUAGUGACUCAUCUUUCGAUGACAAUGAAGGAUGGACGCUCGUUACCCGGCGAAAACCUCGUACGGAGCGCAUUCCUCAACGACAAAAUACUCAAUCAAAGAGGGAGCGGAGAAAAAGGAAUUCGCACAAACGCUCUAAAACCAAAACCAGAAUAAUGGUGAAGAGAGAUUCUGGCCAAGAAAGUGGACCACUAAUCCAAGAACCACGAAUUCCAAUUACGCUAGAAGAAUAUUUUCCCAAAAUAUUCUUCGUAAGAGGACCAACAGAGACUGUUUAUAUGACAACUUGCUAUCAAGUAGAUGACGAAGAUGUCUCGGAAGGAAGAUCGGAAACUCAUGAAGAGCAAAAGGUCCUGACACAGGUAGAAGAUUCACCAUCGCACUUCAAUAUUGAGGAAGUGGUGGAACUUCCUAAAGCAAUACGCAUAGCAUUGGUAAAAACGUUGAUGGAUCUCAAUAUUCAUCCAAAUCAAAUAAGAGAGGCCAAAAAAUUAGAGCUUGAGUCUCAAGACCGUGCUAUCUGUUGUGCGACAUGUGCUUCCAUCACAUUCACCGAUGAAGAUCUUUUGUUAGGGUCGAAACCACACAACCGUCCGUUUUUCGUGUCCGGGUAUGUGCGAGAACAGAAACUUAGUCGCAUGCUUGUGGAUGGAGGUUCAGCAGUAAACAUAAUGCCUAAAUCCACAAUGAUAAAGUUAGGCAUCACCGUGAAUAAAUUGUCUCGAAGUCGUCUCAUGAUUCAAGGCUUCAAUCAAGGAGGGCAAAGAGCCAUGGGCAUGAUCAGAAUUGAGCUCGUGAUAGGUGACUUAAAGUCAAACACCCUAUUUCACGUGAUUGAUGCUAAGACUUCCUACAAUCUUCUCUUAGGAAGGCCGUGGGUACAUGAAAAUGGGAUAGUACCUUCAACUUUACAUCAAUGUUUCAAAUUUUACAGAGGUGGAGUGAAGAAAAUCCUAGGUGAUGUCAAGGCAUUUACCGAAGCCGAAUCCUAUUUUGCUGACGCCAAGUUCUACAUUGAUGAAGACGUGGCAUCUGAAGUUAUUCCCAUUGAGGUUCACUCAACUGGCCAAGCCAUACUAAGAAAAGAUGAGCAGUUAAAGUGCCUUUUCGCUGAAGAAAAUAGCGAUAACAAGCCAAAAAGCAUUGCCUUCGGACAAAUGGAAUCACCACCGAUAGAUUCACGGAAGGUAGCUAUUCCUGUUCUUCGUUAUGUCUCAUCAUCCCAAAGAAAGGAAGGUCAAUCCCCAUUUGGAGAAGAAGUGAAACCAAGGAAGUUAGGGAAAAGUGACAUGAAGUUCUUGAAGGAGUCUACAACCAUGCCUUUACCCAAGUUGAGCAAUUUAGAUGUGUCGAAAUCUUCAGUACCAGGGUUCGUCAGACCAUUACAAGAUGCAACAAGACGUGAAUAUCUUCCGGUCAAAAGAACUAAAGAAGGUUUUGAUCCUAAUGCUUAUAAGCUCAUGUCAAAAGCAGGCCUAGGUUUUACUCCUGUCGCACCUGUUAAGAUUUCUGCUAGAAGAAAAGAAAAGAAGGCAGAAGCUCAACACAUUAGUAUCGAAGUGGUUGAGGAGGAAGAAGAACCAAAGGCUAUUAAGAGAGCCUCAGUAUUCGACCGUUUAGCCAAGCCUACUCAGCGGACCUCAGUUUUUAGCCGCAUCAAAGAAUCGACAUCACGACCUUCUGUGUUCAAGAGGAUAUCUAGACAUCAAAAUCAAAUGAGAAUUCAAUCAGCUCUGCGCAGAUCAGCACUAGAAAGACUCGGAGUUCCAAGCCAACCGUCUGAAGAGAAAAGCCAGCGAGAGUUGGAAAGUGGAGUUCUUGUUGAUUCGACGGAAGAUAAUGAAAUCCGGAGCCUGAUCCCGUCACGUAUGAAACGUCUCUCAACACUAGACGUAACUUCAAGUGACCAACUCAAAGUGAAACGGCGAACAAUCAUACAAACUCGGAAAGCUUUGAAUCAACAAAAUGAAAGUGACGAUAAAGAAGUAGAGAUUCUAGUCGUUCUUCACGUUAUGAUUGAAGAGCUCGAUGAAGAGGAACCUUUCGAGGAUGAGGUUUAUGACGCUCCUGCUGCAUUAGAAGAUGGGGGCCAAGCGACUGUUGAUGAAUUAAAAGAGCUCAACUUGGGCACAAAUGAAGACCCAAGACCUAUCUUCGUUAGUGCACUUUUGAAUCCUAGCAAAGAGGAAUCAUAUCAUCAGCUGUUGCUUGAGUAUAAAGAUGUCUUUGCUUGGACGUAUAAAGAGAUGCCAGGCCUCGAUCCGAAAGUUGCGGUUCACCAACUUGUAGUCAAACCUGGAACGCAUCCAAUCAAACAAACUCAACGUCGCUUCCGUCCAGAGCUCUUAAGUCAAAUCGAAGCCGAAGUUGACAAGUUAAUCGCCGCCGAAUUUAUUAGGGAAGUGAAAUACUCGAUGUGGAUAGCGAACAUUGUUCCGGUGAAGAAGAAAAUCACUGGACAAAUUCGUAUUUGUGUUGACUUCCGAGACUUAAACGAGGCUUUCCCGAAGGAUGACUUUCCAUUGCCCAUAAUUGAGCUCAUGGUCGAUGCAACCAUAGGUCAUGAAGCCUUAUCUUUCAUGGAUGGUUCAUCUGGAUCCAAUCAAAUAAGAAUGUCGCCAGAGGAUGAAAUACUCAUAGCCUUCCGCACUCCAAAAGGAAUUUACUGUUACAAGGUGAUGCCAUUUGGCCUCAAGAAUGCAGGUGCGACCUAUCAACGUGCAAUGCAAAAGAUCUUUGGUGACAUGCUUCACAAGAAUGUCGAGUGCUACAUUGAUGACUUGGUGAUCAAGUCAAAAAAAGAAGAAGAUCACUUGAAAGAUUUGAGAACAGUGUUUAACGGAUUGCGGAAGUACCAACUCAAGAUGAACCCUUUAAAGUGUGCUUUCGGCGUCACGUCAGGGAGGUGUCAACCAUUCAAUCGCCUUAUGAAAAAGGAUGUUCCAUUUGUUUGGGAUGAAGCUUGUCACAAUGCCUUUGAAAGCAUAAAGAAGUACCUAUCGAGUUCACCACUGUUAGGAGCUCCUAUUCCAGGCAAACAACUCAAAUUGUACAUUGCGGUUCAAGAAAGGUUAAUUGGAGCCCUUUUAGCGCAAGAGAAUGAGUCACACAAAGAGCAAGCACUCUAUUAUCUAAGCCGAACGCUUACUGGUCCCGAACUAAAUUACACGCCUAUAGAAAAGACGUGUCUUGCACUUGUUUUUGCUAUCCAAAAGUUAAGGCACUACAUGCAAGCAUUCACGGUCCAUCUAAUUGCACGAGCUGACCCGGUGAAGUACGUUAUGUCAAAACCAGUCUUGACGGGGCGUUUGGCCAAGUGGGCGUUACUUCUCAAUCAGUAUGAAAUCAUCUACACUCCAGCAAAGGCGGUUAAGGGAAUACCAAGCUUUGAUCAUGGGGUUACAAAUGGUCGUGGAGAUGAAGAUAUCGAGCUUAGAAGUAUAUGGUGA